GCCGGGCCGGCCGGGAUUCAGAGCCCGCGGCGGAGCGGCGGCGCCCGGGUGCGCGGCAUGCCGGGGCUGGUGGCGUUCGGGAGGCGCUGGGCCAUCGGCAGCGACGACUUCGUUCUCCCUGGGGCCUUCGAGCUGUUCCUGAGGCUGCUGUGGUGGGUCGGCAUCCUGGCGCUGUACGCCGUGCACAAGGGGCGGUUCGGCUGCCCGGGAGGAGCGCUGCUGCACGGCUACCUGCUGGUGCUGCUGGCCCUGCUGGCCGCCAUCAUCUGCACGCUGUCCGCCCUCGUGUACGUCAGCAUGCAAGGAACAAUUUCUAACCCAGGCCCAAGAAAGUCACUUCCCAAACUACUUUAUACUCGCCUACUUCUCUACUUGCCUGAGUUUAUCUGGGCCGUUGUAGGAGCUGUGUGGGUGUCAGACAGCAGCGUGCGCUGCGACAGCACUGUGAUAAACGUCAUCCUUGGGACAGUUGUUGCAAGCUGGGUUAUCAUUGUCUUUACCAUCAUCGGAGUGCUAAUUGUCUUUGAUCCACUCGGGGGGAAAAAGACAUUUUACCUCACUGAUGGUUUAGAUCGGAACCUGGAAAGCAGCCAGUCGGGGCAGCUGCUGUACAAUGUGAAGAGCACUGCUACCAGGGUCUGGGAGAAAAGAAUCCGGUUGAUGUGCUGCUGUAUUGUGCAGGACGAUGACCAUCGGGUGGCUUUCACAAGCAUUGCAGAGCUCUUCCGCGCCUACUUCUCAGACACAGAUCUGGUGCCGAGUGACAUAGCAGCUGGUUUGAUUCUGCUCCAUCAAGAGCAAGAUAAAAUGGAAAGCUGCCCGAAAGAGCCAGAAGAAGUCCUCUGUCACUCCCCCUCGUCUCUUGCGGCUGAUGACUUGGAUGUUGAACUGGAGCACGCUGCUCACUACAUGCUGUUUGCUGCAGCUGCCUAUGGCUGGCCCUACUACAUAUACACCAACCCAUUCACUGCGCUCUGUAAGCUCAACGGUGACUGUUGCAGAAGUAGACCAGAAGAUUCUGAUAUAACUGGAAGUGAUCGUCGCAACUUUCACUUUGGAUCUAUCCUAAGAAUAACAGGACUGCAGUACAGAGACUUCAUUCAUAUCAGUUUUCACAACAAGAUCUACGAGAUUCCAUUUUUUGUUGCUUUGGAUCACAAAAAAGAAGCUAUUGUGGUUGCAGUGAGAGGAACGUUGUCUUUUGAGGACAUUCUCACUGAUCUGUCAGCAGACUGUGAAGACCUGACCCUGGAAGAUGUUCUGGAGAAUGGCUUCGUGCAUAAGGGAAUAACUCAGGCUGCAAAUUACAUCUAUCAAAAGCUAAUAAAUGAUGGAAUUUUAAACCAGGCUUUCACAAUUGCUCCAGAAUACAAGCUUGUGAUAGUUGGUCACAGUUUGGGUGGUGGAACAGCUUCUGUAUUGGCGAUCAUGCUCAGGAACUCCUUCCCAACAUUAAAAUGUUACGCCUUUUCUCCUCCAGGAGGACUUCUAAGCAAAACGCUUGCAGAGUACUCUAAACGCUUCAUUGUUUCGGUCAUUCUUGGAAAGGACCUUGUUGCAAGGUUAAGCAUGCCCAACAUGGAGGACUUAAAGAGAAGAAUAGUGAGAAUUGUGGCAAACUGCAACAGACCCAAGUACCAGAUUUUGUUGCGUGGCUGUUGGUACGAAGUAUUUGGAGGAGAUCCAGAUAACUUCCCAACUGAGCUGGAUGGGAGGAACGACGAUGCCCUGACGCAGCCCCUUCUAGCGGAGGAAAGCUUAAUGGUGCAUCGCUCUCCUUCAUACAGUGCCCUCGGCGCAGAAUCGCACUUCAAUUCUCCGCCGCAGUACCCUCGUCUGUACCUUCCUGGGAAGAUUAUCCAUAUUGUAGAAGAAUCCAGCUCUAGGAGGUUGUGCUCUUCAGACAUUAAAUACUCUGCAAACUGGUCAAAUGAAACAGUCUUCAGCAGCAUUUUAAUUAGUCCCAAGAUGAUAACAGACCACAUGCCUGAUGUUGUGCUCAACGCUCUCAACAGUUUGUCUCAAGAACAUAGAUCUUGUAUGUCUUGUCAAGCAAAAUAAUGGAAUAGAGUGUGGUACGUAGCUCAGAAGAGAGAAUUGCUUUAAACAAAAAUGAAAAAUGCAGCUUUGAGGUAUUCAGGAUACAUUCUACUUUCAUAGAGUGGAUUCCAGUACUUUUCUCAUCUUGUGCGUAACAAACAAGAGGUUUUGGUGCCCUUGUCUCUGCAGUGAUCUCAAGCAACAUUAUAAUGGGUGAAGCACAUAUUCUGCACUGAUGCUGAAGCUUGAGCUUUUCCAAAAGUGGAACAGUAUACAAGUGCCAUCCAAGCUGCUGUAAGCUGUCACCAGAGAGCUGAGCCUUCAACUGAACGCUUGACUGAGGUGAGGCCAGCUUGUCAGCACAGAGCCCUGUGAGGCAGGUAAAAAAAGAAUCCAGUUCUGCCUUCAAGUCACUUCGUUCCACUGCUCACGGGUGUCCUGCACCCUGCUGCUGCGGAGCACAGGCUGCCUGUUAAAGGUGCUGUGAAGAAAGCAGUGCUGCAGUGCAAAAGUUGGCUGCAGCUGAGCAGCAGGAGGUGAGUGAGGGACUGCUUGUGGUCAGGGCAGCCUGGCACGUGGGUGUGUGAAGGCAGGCCCUACUAUUGUGUCAUUUUUUGUUUUGUUUUUAAUCAGGCAGUUCUGGUUGCACUGUUUUAUCUUUAAGGGUGUGUAGCAUCCCUGUUGGAGGUGGUGGGAGUCACGUGUAAGUGCUGCUUGGGUUUACAUGUGCAAUAUUCUUAAUCUACCUGGCUUUUGUAUUUGUUGACCAACAGGACUACUUUUAAUUAAUUUUAAACUGAUCCAAUACUUCAACUACUUAAUGAGGAAAAACAAUUAUUCAUGCUUCACCUUCAUCCUGGUAGUCACUAGCUCUAAUGAAAACAGCAAUUUGUAAUUCUGCAAAAAAUAUAUAUUUGUACAGUGAAACUGGUUUUAAGAGUGUGGCUUGUUUCUAGUGUGUAAGUACUUGAACAACUUUUUGUUUAAGUCAAGAACAUUUCUUUCUUAUCAAAAGAAAUUGCAAGAAAUAAGUAACCAUAUGACAUGGUUAAGAACAGCCCUGUGGUGUUUUGCUGUGAUACUUAAUGAGGAAGAAAAAAUAAAAACACGCUGUAAAGAACUUG